AGAAAAUUCAAGAUUCAUUCAUCAAUACCAUUCCCACAGGACAUCACAUGCGAAAAAUUUACAAUGGCCAGAACUGUAGAUCACGAAAUCAGACAUAAAAUAUUUGGACAACCUAAAUAAAGCAUGUUAAAUGUAAUAAAAGCCGCUGUUUUCUGAGAAAAAGGGGUAUUUCCAGAGUAGAUUUUAGAGAGGUCCCAUCUGAUCCGCUUGCAUUCAUUGCAAUGGCUCACAUUUCUUUGUGUCCACCACACCAGCCGCUCUUUUUCUCAAGGAUUGUUGUUAAGUACUUACAUUAUCCCAUUCUUUCUGUUCAUAAAGAGAGAAGAUUCAUCAAAAAGAUUGCAUCUUUGGCUUAAAAAUAAGAUUUUAAGUGUAGUUUUGUAAGUAGUUUUAAUGAUACUGAAAAGAAUUGAUGUCUUUUUCUCCUUAUUUGUUGUUGUGCAUUUGGGAUUUUUGUUCGGAUUUUUUAAUGGGGUUGCAGUGGGAGAUAGGGAAUGGGUGAAAAAACCCUUUACAGAUAGGGACGUGUGGAGCCCAAGAUUAGAGAGAGCUCAGAAUUCGAGGCCUCUUGAGGUUAGGUUUAAUGAACCAGCAAAUCACUGGACUGAUGCUUUACCCAUCGGCAAUGGCCGCCUUGGCGCUAUGGUUUGGGGUGGUGUUGCCAAUGAAACUCUCAAUCUCAAUGAGGACACACUUUGGACCGGAAUUCCUGGUAAUUAUACAAACCUUGGUGUUCCACCCAUACUAUCUGAGGUCAGGAAACUUGUUGAUGAAGGACAAUAUUCAGCAGCUACCACAGCAGCGCUCAAAUUGUCGGGGGAACCAUCUAAUGUUUACCAGCUCCUGGGUGAUAUGAAGCUAGAGUUUGAUGAUUCUAAUGCCACAUAUGAUGAAGGAACUUAUAAGAGAGUGCUGGAUUUAGACACUGCAACAGUAAAAGUUGAGUAUUCUUCUAACGGAGUAGAAUAUGUGAGGGAAUAUUUUGCCUCGAAUCCAGAUCAAGUGAUUGCGAUAAAGAUUUCUGGAAAUAAACCGGCACAUCUAAAUUUUACUGUAUAUUUACACAGCAAAUUGCAUCAUCAUUCUUAUGUAAAUGACAAAAAUCAAAUUACUAUGGAUGGAAGUUGUUCGGGCAGAAGGAAUACACCAUAUAAUGAAAGCAGCAAUCCUCCAGGAGUUCAAUAUUCAGCAGUUCUGGAUUUGCAGAUUAGUGAUGGUGCAGGAGCAGUGCGUGUUCUUGAUGGCCAAAAGCUUCGGGUCGAGGGUUGCAACUCGGCAAUUAUACUUCUUGUUGCAUCAUCAUCAUUUGAUGGGCCUUUUACCAAACCUGUGGAUUCAAAAAGGGAUCCAAAAUCUUCUUCAAUAAGUAAAAUGGAUUCAGUUAAAAGAUUUUCAUAUGCUGAUCUUUAUGCACGUCACGUUGAUGACUACCAAUCACUUUUCCAUCGCGUCUCACUGCACCUUUCAAAGAGCUCCAAGAACAUUAGCGUAAAUCCUUUAAGCGAAAACACAGAUGAGACCAUUUCCACUGCACAGAGAGUCAAGUCUUUUAAAACCAAUGAAGACCCCUCUUUGGUUGAGCUUCUGUUCCAGUAUGGUCGAUAUCUGCUAAUUGCUUGUUCACGUCCUGGGACUCAGGUGGCAAAUCUACAGGGGAUCUGGAACAAGGACAUACAGCCACCAUGGGAUGGUGCUCAACACUUAAAUAUCAAUCUUCAAAUGAACUAUUGGCCUUCUCUCUCUUGCAAUCUUAAUGAAUGCCAAGAGCCUUUAUUUGACUAUAUCUCGUCUCUAUCAAUUAAUGGAAAGGGAACUGCAGCGGUGAACUAUAAUGCAAGCGGUUGGGUUGCACAUCAGGUGUCUGAUAUAUGGGCAAAAACUUCCCCGGAUAGUGGUCAGGCCGUAUGGGCUUUAUGGCAGAUGGGUGGAGCAUGGCUCUGUACACAUUUAUGGGAGCAUUACACCUAUACAAUGGACCAGGAUUUUCUAAGAAAUAAAGCAUAUUCCUUGAUGGAAAGCUGUGCUUCAUUUCUGUUGGACUGGUUGAUAGAAGGCCGCGAAGGACUCCUCGAAACGAAUCCCUCAACCUCCCCAGAGCAUAUUUUUACUGCUCCUGAUGGUAAGCCUGCGAGCGUGAGCUACUCAUCGACCAUGGACAUGGCUAUCAUUAAUGAAGUUUUCUCUUCCAUUGUUUAUGCUGCUGAGAUUUUAGGGAAACAUGAAGAAGCUCUAAUUGCAAGAGUUCGCCAAGCUCAACCACGUCUUUAUCCAACCAAAAUAGCAAGGGAUGGUUCCAUCAUGGAGUGGGCACAAGACUUUCAGGAUCCGGAUGUGCAUCAUAGGCAUUUAUCGCACCUAUUUGGCCUGUUCCCGGGGCACACAAUUACUCUCGAAAAAACUCCUGAUCUAUGUAAAGCUGCAAACUAUACACUAUAUAAAAGAGGAGAAGACGGUCCUGGGUGGUCGACUGUGUGGAAAGCUGCAUUGAGGGCACGUCUUGGUGAUAGCAUUAAUGCAUAUCAGAUGAUCAAGCAUCUGUUCGACUUGGUGGACCCUAAUCAUGAAGGUGAUUUUGAAGGAGGGCUUUAUAGUAACCUAUUCACCGCACAUCCCCCUUUCCAGAUUGAUGCAAAUUUUGGAUUUUCUGCAGCAGUUGCAGAAAUGCUAGUUCAGAGCACGGUGAAAGACAUGUACCUGCUCCCUGCUCUUCCGCAGGAUAAAUGGGCAAAUGGGUGCGUUAAGGGCUUGAAAGCACGGGGCGGCGUUACAGUUAGCAUGUGCUGGAUUGAAGGAGAACUUGAUGAAGUUGGGGUUUGGUCAAAAAAUCAAAAUACGGUUAAGAGUUUACAUUAUAGAGGAAUUACUGCUACAGCAAAAAUAUCAGCUGCCACAGUUUACACUUUUGAUAAGCAGUUAAAAUGUGUGAAGACUCAGCCUCUGUAUUGGUUUGAUGGCAUUUUCCUCAGAAAAUAGAUUCACAAAUAAGUUCAAAGAGGACAAGAUGUCCAAAAUCUACAAGGAACACUUCCUGUUACAAUAAUUAUGUAUUUUAUGAGUAUUUUGUGUCCAAUAUUAUUAUUUACCACAAUUUUAUCUGA